UGCAAUCCGAGCCAAUGUUCAAAAAUCGCAUGGGCUUUGUUUGCAUGUGUAAUUAUUCAGUAGAGUUAUGGUGGUAUGUAAAUAAGAUCUUUAUAACGACGUACUGUAGGACUUUUUUGUCAUUUACAUACAGGGGAAUAUUUCUUGCAAUGGCUACACGUAAGGACUCUGGCAAAGACAAGCGUGUAUUAGAGAAUGAAAUUCGCGAGUUGUUCCGACUGUUCGACACGAACAACGACCGCUCCAUCUCCAGCCAGGAGCUCGGCAAGGCCAUGAGGUUCCUGGGUAUGACUCCCACAGAACAACAGGUCACCGAUGCCAUGAGAAUACUGGAUGUUGAUCGAAGCGGAAGAAUAGAGUUCCGGGAGUUUCACGCCUUCAUGCAGAAAGAAAUGGAUAAAAUCAAUGACAGUUCAUUCGCAAACAAUGGCGAAACUGUCCGAUCAGCAUUUCGAACAUUUGACAGAGAUGGUAAUGGCUACAUUGAUCAGAAAGAAUUGAGAGUAGCGAUGAAAAAUCUUGGCGAGGCUCUAACGGACAAGGAACUAGACGAUAUGAUGAGACAGGCGGAUAUAGACGGAGACGGCAAAAUAAACUACGAAGAAUUUGUGAAGAUUUGGUGUGAGGCAACGUAACUGGUUAUUUUCAGUGUGCAAUAUAUUAUUUGAGACUGUUUGAUAAACAUUUUAUUUGAUUACAAAAUGUGCACGCUAUAUUUUGAUAUUUACACACGUUAAACAAUGCUCAUUCAAAGAACUAUU